AUGGCCACCCCUGCCUCUGGCAAGGCCGCAUCUCCAUCUUCAGCCCUGGCUGCUCUGCUGCUCCUGCUCUUUCUAGAUACUUCUAGCCGGGCCGUGGCCAAGGUUCCUGGACACCUCAAGCGCCAAGAGUAUUCCUUGAGCAGAGACCGCCCUGGAGACUCUGGGUCCCUCUCCUCCCAUCCUGUCCCCUGUUGCUCUUCUCUCCUGGUCUAUGAAGGGCUGGGCCUAGAUAAGACUUUGCACUGCUACUCCGUGCUCGGUCCCUCCCCUUCAGCUUGUGGCCAGUUGGGUGUGCAGGGCAAGAUCUUGGGCGGAGCGCCUGCCUCCAAGAAGUGGCCAUGGCAGGUCAGCGUGCAUUAUGCCGGCUUACACGUCUGUGGCGGCUCCAUCCUCAAUGAGUACUGGGUGCUGUCAGCUGCGCACUGUUUUGAGAGGGACAAGAACAUUCAAAGUUUUGACAUGUACGUGGGCAUGAUCAACCUCAAGGUGGCCGACAAGUAUACACUAUGGUAUGAGGUGAACCAGGUGAUCUUGCACCCCACCUAUGCAAAGUACCACCCUGUUGGAAGCGAUGUGGCACUGGUGCAGUUGAAGAGCCCCAUUGUGUUUUCUGACUCGGUGCUCCCCAUCUGCCUGGCACCUGCCAACGUGAACCUUACCAGUGUUUCCUGCUGGGCCACUGGAUGGGGAAUGGUAUCAUCACAAGGCCAUACUUUAGAUGAGCUGCAGGAGAUCCAGUUGCCUCUGAUCUCCCAGGCCCUGUGCCAGCUGCUCUAUGGAACAUCUUACAUCAUGCCAGACAUGAUCUGUGCUGGGGACAUCAUUAGAGCGAGGACUGUGUGUGAGGGUGAUUCUGGAGGCCCUCUGGUAUGUGAAUUCAACCGUAUCUGGUUUCAGAUUGGAAUUGUGAGCUGGGGCCGUGGCUGUGCCCUACCCAUGUUCCCCGGAGUAUAUGCUCGGGUCUCCUAUUUCUCAGAUUGGAUACGUCAUAACAUAGAAAUCACACCCAUUCCAAGUCAGCCAGUCCCUGAUCUCUGUCCAUCUCUGGGGGUUACCUUUAGUGUCUUUGUGAGCAUGCUGAUUGCAUGGCUGUCAGUGUUGUGAGGGCAGAGAACCUCAUCCCAAGCUUCCUUGUGGCUUCUUUGUGCCCUGUUUCUGUCAAGGGAAUGGCCAUCCUACAA